UUCCACACAUUUACUCACAUUUACACUUUCUCACACGCAUACACGCAAUCUCUCUCUUUUUUUGUGUCUGUUUCUUUUUAUUUUAUUCAUUAUUAUUAGUUUUCCUUUUCCCUUUUUACUGCUGUUGUUGUCAUUGUCAAAAAAAUAGGUUUUUAUUUUUAAUUCUUUCUUUUCCUUUCAUAAUCUUUAUUUAGUAUUUCCAUUUCCUCUCUUUUUUCACUUUUCGCUUCUCCCCCCCCCUUUUUCCUCCUUUCCCCUUGCACAUUUACUCACGAUGGGAAACACACCCUCAAAGCCCAACAAGACGCGCAGGUCAAUUAGACUAUCCACCGACUUCCCCGACAAUGCAGAGUCGGAAAUAGCCUCCAUAGACUCUCAACAGCAGCAACAGCAACAACAACCACAGCAGCAGUCAUUACAACAACAAAAUCAGCAGCAGCCGCGGCUAAGCAAGGAUAGGGUGCAGCGUCCAAGUCUCGAGGGCCGCAUGCCCACGUCACCACUAACCAUGGCCAAACAACAGUCGGCCACCAGCAGCACAAACAGCAAUAUUACCAGCAACACGCCGCUCAACGGGCUCCUCGGUACACUCAACGCUCUUCCAGGUACCAAUGGCUCCAGUCAGCCAUCCACGCCCUACACACCCAGCUCGGUGGCCACCAGCCGCAACGACUACUUUCCGCUGCAGGUCACCAACACGCGCGACUCGCGCAUGUCGCUCGGCGGGCGCAUGCGGGGUCGCAAGAAGCGGUCGUCAGCACUUGAAACCGACGAGUCUGCGCGCUCGUCGACCACCGGCGGCACGCCGCGGUCGUACUGUGACCUCCCUGGCGUGUCUAUCUUGACGGGCGGCGCAGCCAACGCGGGCGAGCGGCUGCCGCCUCUGCGCGAGGACCAGAGCGUGGCGCUGACCGAGUAUGUGUCGACGGCGAACGGCGCCGAGUUCGCCAUCAUCAAGCACGCAGAGAAGCCAAAGCAGUUCAGCGUCGACGACAUGAUCUUCCGGCUGCUUGACGCUGGCUUUAGCGGCAAGGUCACCAAGAACGUCUGCCUGCGCAAUUCGGAGAUCGUCGCCGUCUGCCACGCCGCACGCGAGGUGUUUCUCGCGCAGCCAACGCUGCUGCAGCUGGCGGCGCCAGUCAAGAUCACCGGCGACAUCCACGGCCAGUACACCGACCUGCUGCGCAUGUUCGACAAAUGCGGAUACCCGCCUCACUGCAACUACCUGUUUCUCGGCGACUACGUCGAUCGCGGCAAGCAGUCGCUCGAGACCAUCCUGCUGCUGAUGUGCUUCAAGAUCAAGUUCCCCGACAACUUCUUUUUGCUGCGCGGCAACCACGAGUGCGCCAACGUCACGCGCGUCUACGGCUUCUACGAUGAGUGCAAGCGCCGGUGCAAUGUCAAAAUCUGGAAGGCCUUCAUGAACACCUUCAACUCGCUGCCGGUGGCCGCUGUGGUCGCCGGAAAGAUCUUCUGCGUGCACGGGGGGCUGUCGCCGGAUCUGAUCAGCAUGGACCAGGUGCAGCAGCUCAGCCGCCCGUGCGAUAGCGCGUCCGACUGGGAGGAGAACGAGCGCGGCGUCUCGUAUUGCUUCGGCAAAGCCAUCAUCACGGAUUUCCUGCGCCGCAUGGACUUUGAUCUCAUCUGCCGCGCCCACAUGGUCGUCGAGGACGGGUACGAGUUCUUCCACGGCCGCCAGCUGGUAACCGUGUUUUCGGCGCCAAACUACUGCGGCGAGUUUGAUAAUUCGGGCGCUGUCAUGAAUGUCAAUGAGGAGCUGCUGUGCUCGUUUGAGAUUCUCAAGCCACUGACCGAGAACCUGCAGACAUGCAUGGCCAGGGUGGAGGCGAACUUUUGGUCGAGGCGCCAGCAGGUCGAGGCCAUUAUGAACGAGGCCAUUGCUGCGCAGGCCAAGAAGGAGCUCGAGCAGCAGCAGAUGAUGAUUAAGCAGCAGGAACUGCAGGAGCAGAUCGAGAUAGCUUCCGAGGAGGCUGCUACUGCUGCUGCCUCUGCCUCGGCUGCUGCUGCCGCCGCCGCUGCUUCGGGUGUUAACAACCAGGCGCCCACCAAGCCAUCGGCUGCGAUCGGCCACGGCGGCGACGAUGAAGAAGAGGAAGAAGAAGACAAGGAGGUGCUGGGACGGAUGCCGCACCAAAUCCACCACGCCAUGGCUGCGAAUGCCGCUAAACCCCCUAUGGGCGGCAUCGAGCGGCGGAGACAGUCAUCUGAGGCCGCCGUCUCGUCGGAUGCCGUCACCAACAGCAAGCCGGCAAAGGCAGUGCAUCCGCGGAUCGUCAACAAAUUAGAGCUAGUCAGCACGAUGACGGACGACGACGAUGACGAGGACGACGACGAUGAUGAAGAGGACAGCAGCCAGAACAGCGCGCUCGAUGGGAUUGGCCGCACGAUGGGUGGGAUCAAGGAGUUUGACUCGGAGAGCAUCCUUCACGGCACCCCGCCUAGAGGAAGUAAACUCAAGCAGCAUAUGGUCCAAGGCCGGUCCUCAAUCACGUCACCACCACCGUCUCCGCCGUCACCUUAUUAAAUCCCUUUUUGGAUUUUUUUCUUUACUUUUUUCUUUCUCUCUCUUUUUUUCC